UCCUGUUAUCACUCCACACAAGCCUAAUUCUAGAGCUCCGAUCUCUCGCUCUUGCUACCGCCGCCAACACCCAUCUUCUCCCGCCGGUCAGUCAUCUCCCUCUCACCGCCGGCGGCUUUUCACUCUCUCCCUAGGAGUCGCUACAGCAGCUCCCUCUCGAAUCAACUGUUGCCGCGACUUCCUGACCAGUGCGAUUUCCUCGUGCCCAUAAUCUGAGAUCGAUUGCUUCUGGUCAGAUUCAGCGGAGCUUGCAAGACUAAAUUUUAGUUUGUUGAUAGGUUAGUUCUUUUACAAAGACGACCGAAAUAGAAGUUCUUUUAUGGAUGGUAGUCCUUCCCUCAUUAACCCUGAAACCUAGAAGGUGAGGAGUCAAGAGAAGCAGUUCGGAAGUUGCAAUCAGAAGAGGCUGUGAUCAAGGAGGAGAUGAUGAAGAAGAAGAAGGUGCAAUGGUUUUGGACUUGGGUGGUUGGUUCCAUCAUUUUCAGGCUCAUUCUCAUAUACUUUCCGAAAAACCUUAACCUAUCUUCUCGCCCUGAAGUCGCUACUCCUCUCACCAGCAUCCGUCGCUUGGCUGAGGGUUACUGGUUGAAGCAGUCAUCAAUGUCACCCUAUGCCGGAUCGAUGUACCAUGGCUCUCCUUUGCUAUUGACACUUCUUGGCCCGCUCACUGUUACAAGAAUUGAAGGACAGCCUGAUCAUUUUUUAUGCAGUUUGGUUUUUGUGAUUGCAGAUGUUGUCACUGCAAUACUCAUUCGUGCUGCUGGUAAAAACCUUCAGGUGGCAUACAGUUCAAGUUUACAAUUCCUCGACCUUCAUCAGUUAUCUGAAAAUUCAGAGGUUCUUCCUUCAGGAGAUUUUGCUGCUCUGGUAUACUUAUGGAAUCCUUUUACAAUUGUUGCAUGUGUUGGUCUAUCCACAUCUGCAAUUGAGAACUUGAUGGUUGUGUUAUCACUUUAUGGAGCAUGUACUAGACUAGCUCCUGUGGCAGCUUUUGGGUGGGUCAUGGCUACACAUUUGUCUCUAUACCCUGCAAUCCUUAUUAUCCCAGUCAUAUUAUUAUUCGGGUAUGGUCCUGAUGCUCCUCCUAGGAAAUUAUUCUGGCUAAGGAAAAAUCAUAAAGUUGACAAUUCCACCUCAAGCAAUAGAAGUUGUUUAGAAGAAGUGAACAAUGAGCCAAGGGAACCAUAUUUGUUCUCAUGGAGGCCAGUUGUGCAUUUUUUGCUCUGGACUUUACUGUGGUCAUCCUAUGUUUUAGUCCUUUGUGGCAUUUAUGUCCAACAUCAUGGUGGCCUACAGGAGAUGCUCAAAAGAACCUAUGGCUUCAUUCUCACCAUACAAGAUCUAUCUCCAAACAUUGGAGUUUUGUGGUACUUCUUUGCAGAAGUUUUUGACUUCUUCAGAGAUUUCUUUCUGAUAGUAUUCCAUGGAAAUAUUUUGUUGAUGAUAGUGCCAUUAGCCUUAAGGCUUAAUCAUCGGCCAUGCUUUCUCGCUUUUGUAUAUGUUGUGAUUUCUUCUAUGUUGAAGUCUUAUCCUUCGGUUGGUGAUUCAGCUCUAUACUUGGGUUUGCUGGGGCUAUUUGCUUAUGAACUCAAAGAUAUGCAGUUUUCAUUCUUCCUGUUUUCUGGCUACAUUGGAGUUUCACUUCUUAGUCCUGUGAUGCACAACUUAUGGAUAUGGAGGGGUACUGGGAAUGCAAACUUUUACUUUGCUACUGCAAUUGGCUAUGCUUGCUUGCAGAUCAUUCUGGUGGUUGAAAGUGUUAGUUCGAUGCUCAAUCAUGACAGAAUGCUAACAAAGCUUUCUACUGCAAAGCUUCAAAAUGCCAAAUCCUGAAAACUUCUUUGGAGUGUUUUUUUUAUAUGUCCAUUAAAUUUCUACGGUGCUGUUCGUCAAUGACUUUGAUCAAUCAUCUGUAUUUCCAUUCAUGCAAGCACUGUUAUCAUGGUUAGUAUUUGGAUCCCACAGCCACAAUCAUGCUGAUUGCCAGUAACAGGAUAGAAUUUAUUACAAGGAUAACAGUCAUUUAGGCUCGUUUGUUUUAAAGCUUAGUAGAAUUAAGUUUUAUUAAUUUUAAGUUGAUUGUAAUGAAGUUUGCAAAAUUUAAUUUAAGAGAAUUAUUUUUUGUUUAUAAAAUUUGUGGUUGGUAGUAAAA